GCUAACAGACGAAAAUCGUUGGCUAGCGACGUCGAAUACGAUCACAGCCUGCGUUUUGUCAGCCAGCUGACGACUGUGUUGGGCAAAUCGAAGCUGAAGCAGUUGAAGUGGGUCUGCAGGUUGGGUCGCUGUUGUGCGAAUUGUUGUGUUGCUGAUGAAUACACUAGAUGCAUAGAAUCAGCCCUUCAUGGCAGCAUGUCGGCGGCUGACUGUAGCAUGCGCGCACUGACCGCCGUCACGCCAUGGAAGCCGUGCCAUGUCGUCGCCAUGGCAGUCGUCCAGCCCGGGAGUGACUGACAGCGAAUGAUCUGACGCAGACGAGCGAAUCUUCGCUCGCCAGCUGCUGGGGCCGCGGCGGCAGUGGGUCGGGAGCUGAGCCAUGACAGCAGCCUGACGGUGUAGGCGCGACCCGCGACGGCUUCAUGUGCUUCCCCCAAUGUCGCUCAGAACUCCGAAGUCAAAGCAUGAGAAGGGCCGGUCGUUCUGGCUGCGGCUGCCGGAGGCCGCGCUCGAGCAGCUCUUCUCCUACCUCAGCCUGCAGGACCUGCGCAGCUGCGCGCUGGUCUGCAAGCUCUGGUACCGCUUCCUCAACGACGAGAACAACGACGUGUGGCGGCUGCCGUGCAUCAAGCAGCUGGCGGACGAGGCGCUGCGCUCCGACCUGCUCUGCUCCGUGCCCACCUACAAGGGCAAGCUGCGUGCGCUCUACCACGCCUGGAACCCCAACGACUGCUCGCGCAACAUCUACAUCAAGCCCAACGGCUUUACGCUGCACCGGAACCCGGUGGCGCAGAGCACCGACGCGUCGCGCGGCAAGCGGGGCUUCUGCCACGGCCGGCACGCGUGGGAGGUGGUGUGGGAGGGGCCGCUCGGCACCGUGGCCGUGGUGGGCGUGGCCACCAGCGAAGCCAGCCUCCAGUGCCACGGCUACGUGCCGCUGCUGGGCGCCGACGCGCACAGCUGGGGCUGGAACCUGGUCGAUAACCACCUGCUGCACAACGGUGACGCGCACGGCAGCUACCCGCGCCUCAACAACGCGCCCAAGUAUCAGGUGGGGGAGCGGAUACGCGUGAUACUCGACUGUGACGACAACACGCUGUCGUUCGAGCGCAGCUACGAGUUCCUGGGUGUGGCGUUCAGAGGCCUGCCCGACCGCCGGCUCUACCCGUCCGUGUCGGCGGUGUACGGCAACACGGAGGUCUCCAUGGUGUACCUGGGCGCGCCGGUGGACGGCUGAGGCCGGCCGCGGCACUCAUCCGGACCGACGCGCUGUGCGCGCCGC